CAAGUAGAAAAUGAACCUAUCCCCGAUUAUCAAAAAAUUGCUAAAGAAUUGGAACCUUUGAUUGAAUUUAUUGAUUUCAGAAGAAUUAAAGGUUCAAUAUUGGUUGAUAUCAUCGAGCCGUUAGAAAUUGUCCCAACUAAAAUAAUUUUAAAUGUUUAUCGACAAAGUAUAAAAUCAAAUAAUUUCAAUUUAAAUGAUAUCCGAGGAAUACCCAUCUUACCAAAUGAUAGAAUUAAUGAAUCUGAUUAUAUUUGGGAUAACACAGCAUGUGGAUCAAAACUUAUUAUUGAAGAUAAUGGAAAAGUUGUAAGAGCACCAAAGAGUCUUGGAUCAUGGAGAAGUGUUAGAGCUAAAUUGAUAUUAGAAAAUAAUGGUAUUUAUGAAUGGGACGUUAUUAUUGAAAAAGCUUGUAAUGCUUCUUGGAUUGGAGUAGCAUCAGAAAAUUUAAACUAUGAAGAUUUUGCAGGGGAUCAACCUAUUGGAUGGGUAUUAGGUUCCGGUGGUUAUUGUCGUAAUUUUGGUAUGACGGUAUAUUAUUGUCCGCCAUUUGGUGAUAGCACAAAAGUUACUGUUCACUUAGAUAUGAAUAAAAGAACUUGCGCUUUUACAGUCAAUGGUACAAAGUAUCCAGAAGUACCAUCAUGGAAUAAUUUACCAUCAAAACUUUAUCCAGUAGCAUCAUUGUGUUAUCCUGGUCAAUUUCGAAUUCAACCUCAUAAAAAAAAUAUUUAA